GCGGGGGGCGGGCGAGAGGCCGAGGGGCAGCGAGCGGCCCAGGGGCAGCCAGUGCCCGCUCUCUCCGCCAUGGCCGAGUCGCUGGAGUCGCUGGAGUCCUGCCUGGAGCAGCACAUCCCGCCCGGGGAGCUCGCCGAGGUGAAGCGGAUCCUCUACGGGCGCGGGGCCAGAAAACUUAAUUUGCCAAGUGCUGCAUGGUCAGCAGCUCAGGAAAGAGAUUUUGAGCUACAGGGCUAUGGAUUUGAAGCUGCUCCGGAGCAAUUGAGAAGGCCACGUAUCGUUCGAGUGGGACUGGUACAGAAUAAAAUUCCUCUUCCCACAGACACACCAGUGGCAGUCCAGAUGGCUGCUCUGCACAGACGAAUUGAGGAGAUUGUGGAAGUAGCUGCAAUGUGUGGGGUCAACAUUGUGUGUUUCCAGGAAGUUUGGACCAUGCCCUUUGCUUUUUGUACAAGAGAGAAACUGCCUUGGACUGAAUUUGCUGAGUCAGCAGAGGAUGGGCCAACAACAAAAUUCUGUCAAGAGGUUUGUGUUUAUUUAAUAGAGAAAUUGUGUUCGUUUGUACAGCUGGCAAAGAAACAUAACAUGGUUGUGGUAUCUCCAAUCCUGGAGCGAGAUGAAAUACACAGUGGAAUUCUGUGGAAUACUGCAGUGGUCAUUUCUAAUUCUGGGGCUGUCCUUGGCAAAAGUAGGAAAAACCACAUUCCAAGGGUUGGAGAUUUCAAUGAGUCUACUUACUAUAGGGAAGGAGAUACAGGACACCCAGUGUUUCAGACACAGUUUGGAGCAAUUGCUGUGAAUAUUUGCUAUGGGCGCCAUCACCCUCUGAACUGGCUCAUGUUUAGCCUGAAUGGGGCAGAGAUCAUCUUUAACCCUUCAGCCACUAUUGGGAAACUCAGCGAGCCGCUGUGGCCGAUCGAAGCCAGAAAUGCUGCCAUAGCAAACCACUGCUUCACCUGUGCCAUCAACAGAGUGGGAACGGAAUACUACAAAAAUGCUUUUACUUCUGGAGAUGGUGGAGAAGCGCACCAUGACUUGGGCCAUUUUUAUGGCUCCAGUUACGUGGCAGCACCCGACGGCAGCAGGACCCCAGGACUGUCUCGCACUCGGGAGGGGCUGCUGGUGGUAGAGAUGGAUCUGAACCUUUGCAGGCAAGUCGGUGACAAGUGGAAUUUUAAGAUGACUGGUAGAUAUGAAAUGUAUGCAGAAGAGCUCGCUGAAGCAACCCAGCCUUACUUUGUACCCAAUAUCAUCAAAGAGUAAGAGAGAGCAUCUCAUUACACUCAAAUAUUACAAGAAAAAUUAAAAAGUACUCUUGGAUGAUAACUGUCCUGUGGAUCACAAGUUGUUCUUUUAAUAUUGUCAGUUUAAUUUGCUGUAACCAACUUUAAAUAAUAGGAUUCAAAACUGUCUUAAGUAAAAUAAUUGAAAAUGGCUUCUUGAGUGUUUGGUUUGUUAUUUACAGUAAUGAAUGGAAAGUUUUGUUCCUUACUAGAAAUACAUCCAGUAGGAACACAUUGAUAUAAAAUGAUCAUGAAAUUUAUUCAGUACAGUAUACUGUGAUGUAGUUUGAUGAUGAGUUCACAGAAAGGAAAAAUUUUUACAUGAUA